AGACGGGGCAGAGCUGUGCCAUCUUGGGACCUCCCUCCUGGGAAGCUCCAGGACGGGGGCUGGGCUGGGUGGCGCCCGGCUUGGCAUUUCAGCUUCCUGCCUGGGUUGGCUCCUGGCUCUGGACCUAGAGGAAAUCCUAGGAGGGUCUGGUCCACAGGACACUCCCUGGUCCCCCCCGAGGGGCGGUGGGUGGGAGGCGCGGGCCUCGGCCGGUAGGCUGCAUGGGGCGCUGCAUCGGGCAGCACCGGGGUGGGUGUGCCCUGCCGGGCAGCAGAGCCAAGCCUCUCGGCCAGGGCUGCGCAGAGGGCAGCCAGUCCCUGGGGAAGGUGGGAAGGGGGACCCUGCCUGUCUAAAUCCUAUUGUGAGGGGUUGGGCAGGUGGCCAGGACGUCCCUCCGACGCCCCUGGCUCCAUCCCAGCGCCAAUCCCUCCAUCGGGCCAAAUUCUUGCAUAAGAUGGUAGGGUCACCCCAUUCCUUGUUUCUCUUCUGUGCAGACUCCCAUUCUCCCCAGCCUGCCUGCCAUCUGGCUCUCCCCCAGAGUGGAGAGGAAGUACUGUGUGCUGUGGGUUUGGGGGACCGGAAGCAAGCACUGGUGGUGGAGGAGGGGAGAGGGACAAAAUGCUGGGGUGUCUCCUAUCACCUGCCAACCUCUGCCCACCCAUCUGCCAGCAAGCCUGUGUCUGGCGAGCCGCAGGGACCGUGCUGGGUCAUGACGCUGACCUUGGACGUGGUGGGGCCCGCACCCUGGGGCUUCCGCAUCAGCGGAGGCCGGGACUUCCACACACCUAUCAUGGUGACCAAGGUGACAGAGCGGGGGAAGGCGGAGGCCGCUGACCUCCGGCCCGGCGACAUCAUCGUGGCCAUCAACGGGGAGAGUGCAGAGGGCAUGCUUCAUGCCGAGGCCCAGAGCAAGAUCCGCCAGAGCGCCUCACCCCUGCGGCUGCAGCUGGACCGGUCUCGAGCUGCCUCCCCCGGGCAGGCGAAUGGGGACGGCUCCUUGGAAGUGCUCGCAACCCGCUUCCAGGGCUCCUCCCUGAGGACACAUCGUGACAGCCAGUCCUCCCUGCGGUCUUCCUACUCCAGCUCGGCCUCCCUCAGCCCCCGGCCAGUGAGUCCCUUCACCCCACCGCCUGGCAGCCCACUGACCCCCACUGGGGAGGCGGCAGUUAGCCGCAGUUCCCAGAGUCUCGCUGCGGCUGACCCCUUGACCUACAGAGCCCGCCCUGCCGGCCAGCAGGCCGGCCUGGGCCGCGCUGGCGACUCGGCGGUGCUGGUGUUGCCGUCUUCCCCGGGGCCCCGGUCCUCCAGCCCCAGGCCCAGUGUGGAGCUGGAAGAGGACUCGGAAGUGUACAAGAUGCUGCAGGAGAACCGGGAGGGGCGGGCGGCCCCGCGGCAGUCCAGCUCCUUUCGCCUCCUGCAGGAAGCGCUGGAGGCUGAGGAGAGAGGUGGUGCACCUGCCCUCCUGCCCAGCUCACUGAGCCCUCAGGCCUCCCUGUCUACCUCCAGGGCCCUGGCCACCCCACCCAAGCUCCACACCUGUGAGAAGUGCAGCACAAGCAUCGCGAGCCAGGCCGUGCGCAUCCAGGAGGGGCGGUACCGCCAUCCCAGCUGCUACGCCUGUGCCGACUGCGGCCUCAACCUGAAGAUGCGCGGCCACUUCUGGGUGGGCGACGAGCUGUACUGCGAGAAGCACGCCCGCCAGCGCUACUCCCCGCACGCCGCCCUCAGCUCCCGGGCCUGAGCCCCACCGUGCUGGGCCCGUGGGACGGCCGUGGGGGGGACGAUGGUGGGUGGUGGCUCUUACGUGAACUGUGGAGGCCCCGGGCCCCUUGGUCCUCGCUGGGUGAGGCCACAGACUGGGGUGCGGGUCCUGAGAGCGGCCCUGCCCUGCUUGGCCUUUUCUCCUGCGGGACAGGCCUAAGUGGCCACUGCCUUUGCUACCGGUGUGUACAGGGUGGGGCAAGGUGGAAGUAUCUAGAAGAAGGGUGGGGCCUUGGCUGAUGAUAGUCACGGUGCAAACAUUCUGACAUUUAAGUUCUAUAAAUAUGUAUCCAUAGACAAAAAUCAAGU